AUGGCUGAAGAAACCAUUAUACUUUUAAUGCUAAUAACUGUGAUGUUGGUGGGCUCGUACAUUGCAGGCAGCAUACCGCUUAUUAUGAAAUUGAGCGAGGAAAAACUUAAAUUUGUAACGGUGCUUGGUGCGGGUUUGCUGGUAGGUACUGCUCUCACGGUUAUCAUACCCGAAGGUAUAAGAUCACUGUACACAGAAGGAAUAGUAAAGAAAGAAAUUAUGCCGGCAAGUUUAUUAGCAGUUACUGUUGCUAACGCUGAUAUCACUAAAGUAACGAAACUCAAUCAUAGACAUCAUUCAAAUGAAAUUCCUGAUCAUUCACGGACAAUUGGCUUCUCGCUUAUAUUGGGGUUUGUGUUCAUGAUGUUAAUAGAUCAAAUCUCCCAAAGACGUCAUAGCGCCUCUUCUGCUAAUGACAAAGAUAUUACAACAACUUUAGGGCUAGUCGUACAUGCUGCAGCGGAUGGAGUGGCUUUAGGUGCAGCAGCAACCACAAGUCAUCAAGAUGUGGAAAUAAUUGUGUUUUUAGCCAUCAUGUUACAUAAAGCUCCUGCAGCAUUUGGUUUGGUUAGUUUUUUGUUGCAUGAGAAAAUCGAUCGUCAGAAGAUUCGCCGGCAUUUAGCGAUAUUUUCUCUUUCAGCACCUUUACUUACAUUGCUAACAUAUUUUGGAAUCGGACAAGAGCAAAAAGAAACUUUAAACUCUGUUAAUGCUACUGGAAUCGCCAUGUUAUUCUCGGCAGGAACAUUUCUUUACGUAGCCACCGUACAUGUACUGCCAGAACUUACGCAGGGGGCUGCGAAUCAUGCCCAUAGUCGUCUACAACAUGAUUACCGUCAAUUAGAAGGAGCUCCCGAUACUGACAUACUGAUUCGUUCCAGUCAUCAGCAUAUAACAACGAAAGGUUUGCGUUGUAGUGAACUAGUGAUUAUGAUCUGUGGCUCCCUACUCCCAUUAUUUAUAACCCUCAGUCAUCAACAUUAGCUUGCUUGUGUACAUGUAAAGUUUGCAAUC